AUGAUCACCAUCCGCAGCGUGACCCCCCGGCUGGCGACGUUCUCCAAGCCCUUCGCCCGCUUCGGCUUCGUCCCGAUCGGCGGCCGGAGCACGGCCGUGCAGCUGCGUGACGGCACCGUCUGGGUGCUCGCCAGCACGCCGCUCGACGCAAGCACCAGGGCCAAGCUGCAGGAAAUGGGCGAAGUCAGAUACAUCGUUGCGCCGGACGUGGAGCACCAUCUGUUCCUGCCCCAGUACGCGGCCGAGUACCCGCAUGCCAAGGUCAUCGGCGUCGAGGGUCUCGAGGCCAAGCACAGGGAGGUCGAGUUCGACGGCCUGUACGGGCGCGACCCCGAGGGCACCGAGUACGGCUUCGAAGACGAGAUCCAGGCCCAGUACUUCCCCACCUUCACCAACCGGGACGUCGUCUUCCACCACAUCGACACGAAGACGCUCAUCACGGCCGACCUCCUGUUCAACCUGCCGCCCAACGAGCAGUACGCGGCCACGCCGGCGGGCAAGGCCACGUCGCGCGUCCCCUUUCUGAUGACGGUCGUGAACCGCGCAAAGCCCUCGAGCUGGCUGCACAGGGCCUUUCUCGGCGCCGCCGGCGUCGGUGCGGGCAUUCCGGGCGUGGAGAAGGGAGGCUCCAAGCAGGAGAGGCGGCACAGGUUCGCCAGCGACGCCGCCGAGGUGGCGCGCUGGGACUUUGAUCGCAUCGUCAUGUGCCACGGCGACGUCAUCGAGAGCGGCGGCAAAGAGGCCUGGUUGUCGGCCUUUGAGAAGUAUCUGAACAAGGACGGCACGCCCAAGUUCUGA